CUAUACCCUAUAUUAAACUCCCUCCACUCAAGAGAACACCAUACCAUCACAUUUCUGAACUAUCUGUCCCUGGUUUAAAAGAAACAUAAAAACCAUGUAUAAAGUUGCAAGCCCGUCAGAAUACUUGGUGAUCACCGGAGUAGGUAUCACAGACAUCAAGCUUACUAAGAAAGGAUGGGUGCUCCCAGGCCAAUCCUUCACAGUCUUCGACGUCUCUCCUGUCAACUACACCUUCGAAGUACAAGCCAUGAGUGCCGAGAAGCUCCCUUUUCUUCUUCCUGCAGUUUUCACCAUCGGUCCUCGCGUGGACGACGAGCCAAGUCUCCUCAAAUAUGCCAAGCUCAUUUCCCCACAUGACAAGCUCUCCCACCACGUCAAAGAGCUAGUCCAAGGCAUCAUCGAGGGGGAGACUCGAGUUCUUGCAGCUUCCAUGACCAUGGAAGAGAUAUUCAAAGGAACCAAAGAGUUUAAACAAGAGGUUUUCGAAAAAGUGCAACUUGAACUCAACCAGUUUGGAUUGUUGAUAUACAACGCGAAUGUGAAGCAGUUAGUGGACGUGCGUGGACAUGAGUACUUCUCUUAUUUAGGGCAGAAGACUCAGAUGGAAGUGGCUAAUCAAGCUAAGGUUGAUGUGGCGGAAGCAAGGAUGAAAGGAGAGAUUGGAUCGAAGUUGAGAGAGGGACAGACGCUCCAGAACGCGGCGAAGAUAGAUGCGGAGACGAAGAUUAUAGCGACGCAGAGACAAGGAGAUGGGAAGAAGGAGGAGAUAAAGGUGAAGGCCGCAGUGAAAGUGUAUGAGAAUGAGAGAGAGGCGGAGGUGGCGGAGGCAAACGCAGAUUUGGCAAAGAAGAAAGCAGGGUGGACAAAGAAAGCGCAGGUGUCAGAGGUGGAGGCAGCAAAGGCGGUGGCGCUGAGGGAGGCUGAGUUGCAGAGAGAGGUAGAGAGGAUGAAUGCAUUGACCAGGACGGAGAAGCUCAAGGCUGAGUUUUUGAGCAAAGCUAGUGUUGAAUAUGAGACUAAGGUACAAGAGGCAAAUUGGGAGCUGUAUAAGAAACAGAAGGAUGCGGAAGCAGUUCUCUAUGAGAAGGAGAAAGCGGCGGAGGCACAAAAAGCAAUGGCUGAGGCAGCAUAUUAUACUCGUCAACAACUUGUAGAUGGAGAAUUGUACGCGAAGAAGAAGGAGGCUGAGGGGCUUGUGACACUUGCACAAGCCCAAGGCAUCUAUCUACGCACCCUACUAGAUGCAUUGGGUGGAAAUUAUACAGCAUUGAGGGACUACCUAAUGAUAAACAAAGGGAUGUUUCAAGAAAUUGCCAAGAUAAAUGCAGAGGCCGUGCAAGGACUAAAACCUACUAUUAGCAUUUGGACAAAUGGGACUGGUGGAGAGGCCAUAGAUGAUGGAUCAGCUGUGGGUGGCAAUGUGGCUAUGAAGGAGGUUGCUGGGGUUUAUCGAAUGUUGCCACCCUUGUUUAAGACCGUCCAUGAACAAACCGGAAUGUUGCCGCCAGCAUGGUUAGGCACUUUGACUGACUCCAGCCACUCUAAUCUCAAUUGACCAUGGUUGUAACUAUAUACUCAUAUUCCACCUUUUGCUUGAAACUUUAAUAUUAUAUGAAAUGUGACACAUGUCAAGAGUUUUGUAGUUCAA